GGCGGCGCGACCCCGGCGCCCCGGGGCACGGGGCCCUGGCGGCGGCCGAAAGAUGCCCGUGGUGUGGGACAGCACCGGGGCUUGGGCUCUCCAAGGGCUCCGGGGCAAGGGGGCUGCCCGGUUAACCUCAGUUUUACCUCGUUGUAUGAAGAGACACUUGGAACACCCAGCGUCCGAGAUGGCUGAAUCAGAAUCUCAGGAAGGAAACCAUUAUAACAGGGGGAAAAUGGUGGAGAACUUUAAAAUGGACAUGGAGGAACUUCUGGAGGAAAUGGAAAAACUAACAGUGCGUGCAGCCUGGAUGACCUACGACUGCGUGGCCAUCCAGACCAACCCAGACCUGUACAAUGCCAUGCAGCACUUGGAAGAUGUCUUCCUGAUGUGCAAAGAGCAGAUGGAGAAGAAAUGGCAAGAGGUGCUACCGGAAUCUAGAGGUACCCUUCUUUCUUCCUUGGAAACCAGAACUGCCCAAAGAAGCAGUAUCAAGUACUAUGCAACCCUCUCAAGUGGAAAGGCAGCACAUCCUUUUUCCAGAAAAGCUCCUUCUCGCAUUGUCAGCAUCACACAAACCAAGCAAGACCCCACAAGACCUUUUUUUUAGUACUCCUACUGCUAAGAUGAUCUGUGAUUCUGAUGCCUUAAACUUUCAUAUUUUUCAGAUUCUGUACUGCCUUAGUGUGUAACUCUGAACUCCAUAUGAAGUGUUAGCAAGUUCUCUUCACAAUUGAAUUAGACAAAACAAUCCUUCUCCAGCCUGAGAACCAAGGACCCUCUUACAGCUUCAGGCCCAAAAAGUAGAAAUAACAGCAAAUUGAGGAGAGCAACGUGGGAGAAUUGGACUUCAUACCUGAAGCUGUAAUUGGACAAUUAAGCCCAAUAUUUAAAUGUAGAAAAACCUAUAAAAGUGUGAAA